UACCAUACGCCUGUAGAGGGAGCGAUGCCCGAUCGGUCGAUCGGUGGGCAACCCACUUGGCAAACAUGCGACAGCCGUCUCACCCACAAGAGCACUUGAAUCCAGUUGCCAGCUAUGCCGCCGAUCAUGAUGAUGAUGAUGAUGAUGAUGACAGCUAUGACGCCUGCCUGACCGAGGAUGUGAAACUGUUUGGCCAACAGCUGAGUGCUUUGGAGGACGACAACAGUUUCCUGCCAGCAAUAACCAGUUACGAACUGCUGAAUGGGGCUCAAGAGGAGCAGGAUCGGGAACAGGAGGAGGAGGAGGAUGAGCUGGUAACUGCAGCAGCUGCAACGAGCAAGCGAAAAACGAAACGAGCCCCGGGUACAAAGAGGAGUAGGAGGAGUUCAGCAAACAUAUGCGAUGUGUGCAACAGAUGCUUUGGCGACUCGUACAGUUUGCGGAUCCACAAGAUGACGCACACGGAUGAGCGGCCGCAUGUGUGCGGUGUGUGCGGCAAGGGUUUCAGGCAGAUGAGCAAGCUGCGCAUCCAUGCCGUCACCCAUACCGCCGAGCGACCACAUGCCUGUGAUAUUUGUGGCAAGGGAUAUCGGUUCGCCAACUAUUUGACGGUGCAUCGGCGUUUGCAUACCGGUGAGAAGCCCUAUGCCUGCACUGUGAGCAACUGCAGCAUGUUCUUUCAUUCCAUACAUGCGCGUCGCAUGCACCUGAAACUACGACAUCCCAGCAAAGAUGUUGAUCAGCAGCAGGAGCAGGAAGAGGAGGAACAGAAUCGAUCAACGAUCGAGACUUUGUCGGCAGCGGUUUCAUCCACGCUGAGCUAUACGUGCCCCAUCUGCGGACGCGUCCUGUCAGAUCAAUGCUAUCUAAAUACGCAUCUGAAGCGUCACUAUAAUCAGCGUGAUUUCGCCUGUACGCAGCCGGGCUGCGGCAAGCGUUUCUUCAGCUCAUCGGAGCUAAAGCAUCAUCAGAUUGCCCAUACGCGACUCCGUCCAUUUCGGUGUCCAUUGUGCUCCUCCUGCUUUCUACGCAAAUCGAACUGCAAGCAGCAUUUUUUGAAGGUGCACAAAGGCCACACGGACUGCAAUUGAGUUAGAUGACAAGGCUUUUGUUUUAAAAUAUAAGGUUUAUUUAAAUGUAUAUAUAUAUAUACGAU